AUGCUUAUGCACCAUGAUCGUGAUAUAUGGAGUGAUGAUGUGAGCGAGUUCAAGCCUGAAAGAUUUUCUAAAGGUGUCUCGAAGGUGACCAAGGGACAAACAUCAUAUCUCCCUUUUGGUGGUGGUCCACGUAUAUUUGUUGGACUGAAUUUUGCCUUGUUAGAAGCCAAAAUGGCACUUGUCAUGAUUCCACAACACUUUUGCUUUGAUCUCUCUCCAUCCUAUUUGCAUGCUCCACAUACCAUUGCCACUCUUCAACCUCAGUUUGGGGCUCAUUUGAUUUUGCGUAAACUUUAA